AUGGAGGGUCUUCUCCCAAUGGUAUUAAAAACCAUCAAGAAAAACAGGGUUCGCCGACAAUACAAGUGUCUCUGCUCUGAUGCUUCACAAAGCUACAACGUCUCCGACCUUUUUGCCGACCAGUACAGCCCCGGGCCGGCCAUGCCACAACCAGAAAAGGUUGCUGGCUUCCGCACAGAGAGUAAUGGGCACCGACGACACAAAUCCGUCCAAAUUGGGAAUUAUUUUGAUGGGCUUUCGCAGGAGGAUACUAUCAAGUCCAACCAACUCGUUCGCUUGAGGAGUCGUAGAAUGUUCUCUUGUGUGACUGGUUUAUAAAACUG